AUGGCUUCCAAUAUGCCGGCGAGGUGCUGCACUGUGGGGGUCAAGCACAGUGGAGAAGCAACCGGAGAAUAUCAGGAUAUCAACGGCGUUGAGACGUAUUUAUCAUAUCCUGAGGACAGAUCGACCAAGCAUGGAGUUCUCAUCCUCACGGAUGUCAUCGGUCACCGAUUCAUCAACUCGCAGCUCAUUGCUGACCAGUUUGCGGCAAACGGAUACCUUGUAGCCAUGCCUGAUUUGUUUCACGGCGACCCGGUCAAGCUCAAUAGGCCUGAGUCUUUUAACCUGAUGAGUUGGCUGGAAGGACACCCGGUUGAGAGGGUAGAUCCCGUUGUCGACUCGGUGAUUCAGUAUAUGCGCACACACCUCGGCUGCGAAAAGGUCGGGGCGGUCGGGUAUUGCUUUGGGGCAAAAUACGUCGUCCGAUUCCUGAAGCCCGAAGAGGGAAAAGUUGAUGUCGGAUAUAUCGCGCAUCCGGGUUUUGUUGAAUUAGAAGAACUUAGUGCGAUUACAGGCCCCUUGAGCAUUGCAGCUGCAGAGACUGAUGACAUCUUUCCAACGUCAAAACGCCAUCAGUCAGAAGUCAUUCUCCGUGAUGCUGGCCAGCCAUACCAGAUCAAUCUCUAUGGUGGAGUCGAGCACGGGUUCGCCAUUCGUGCGGACUUGACCGAUAAGGCGAAGAAGUUUGCAAAGGAGCAGGCAUUCCUGCAAGCAGUCCAAUGGUUCGAUGAAUUUAUCAGGGGUGGGAAUUGA